AUGUCGCUGAAUCCCGAGCCCUCGGCGCCUGAAGAGCGGGCAGAGCACCACCUGCCGCCCAAGUCGUACGCCGACGCCGCCGAAGAAGCCCUCGAGCCACAAUCACAUGCCAACGGCACCGACGGCACCGACGGCACCAUGGAGGACAGCGGGUACAGGUCGAGAGGCAGCAAGACGGACGAGGUAAAGACCAAUGGCAUCACGACUCCCGCAGACGACGACAGGACGUCGCUCGAAGGCCUGGGCCAGGACGGCUCGCCCAGGAGUCCCACGGUCAAAGGCCAUCGUCGCGUCUCAUCGCGCAACUCGCAUGGCUCGCUGGGCCGCAUCCACGAGAAGCACGCAAACGGCCAUGGCGAGACGCUGACGAGUGUAAAGCCGCAGCAGGAGUUCCAAGUCGCCAAAGCAGACAGAAGAAGCGACCUCAAGCGCAGAAACUCGGAGCUCACGACGGGACGACAGGCCGGUGCGGGAUGGUCCAAGAGCAAAAUACGAUUUGCGCCCAUGAACGUUCCCCUCCAACGCCGCCUUCAGACCCUCGCCGUCCUCAUGCACACGCUCAGCAUCGUCGGCGGCCUUGCCAUCUUCUUCUUCCUUUGCAGCAUACCUCUGCUCUGGCCAAUCCUCCUGCCGUAUACCGUCUAUGUCCUCUUCUCCAAUGCUGGCACAUCGGGCGAGCUGUCCUUCCGCAGCGACCGCCUCCGCCGACUGCCUGUCUGGUCGCUCUUCGCGUCCUACUUCCCCGCCCGCCUACAUCGCUCGCAGGAGCUGGAGCCAACUAGGAAGUACAUAUUCGGCUACCACCCACACGGCAUUAUAUCCCAUGGCGCUUUCGCUGCCUUUGCGACUGAGGCCCUGGGCUUCUCCCAGCUCUUUCCCGGCAUUACCAACGCCCUGCUGACCCUCGACUCCAACUUCCGCUAUCCCAUUUACCGCGAGUACGCUCUGCGCCUCGGCAUGGCGUCCGUCUCCCGCGAGUCCUGCGAGAACAUCCUCUCCAAGGGUGGUCCUAACAACGAAGGUAUGGGUCGCGCAAUCACCAUCGUCGUAGGCGGCGCACGUGAAUCCCUCGAUGCGCGUCCUGGCUCCAUAAAACUUGUUCUCAACCGUCGCAAAGGCUUUGUCAAGAUGGCCAUCCGCACCGGCGCCGACCUCGUACCUGUCCUGGCAUUUGGUGAAAACGACGUUUAUGACCAACUCGACACCGACUCGCAUCCCUACAUACACAAGUUCCAGAUGCUCGUUAAGAAGUUGAUGGGCUUUACCGUGCCCAUCUUCCACGCGAGGGGUAUCUUCAACUAUGAUGUGGGCAUGAUGCCCUACCGACGGCCCAUCAACAUUGUUGUAGGACGUCCGGUUAGGGUCAUGCAGGAUAAGCAUCCAGACAACGAUUACAUCAACAAGAUACACCAACAAUACGUUGACGAGCUUAUGCGGAUAUGGAAUGAGCACAAGGACACUUUUGCCAAGCACAGAACGGGCGAACUUGAGAUUGUCGAGUAA